UCAUGUCAUGUGGCAUCACUGGAGAGGCAGAGAGGAGCUGGAGGGCAGGAGGGCAGAGGAGCGAGCACGGCUCGAGGCUGAGGCCCAGUGGCUGGUAGUGGAGAGGAGGGAGGAAGAGGAGCAGAGACAUGCAGAGGAGGAGAAAGUCAUCCGGGCCACACAUGAAGCUGCUCUCCUCCAGAAACAGAGAGAGGAGGAGGAGGCCCAGGCCAGGGACAAGGCAGAGCAGCAGAGGCUGCAGAGAGAGAAGCACUUCCAGAAGGAGGAGGAACAACGGCAGGAGAGGAAAAAGCGACUGGAGUUGAUCAUGAGGAGGACUAGGAAGACCUCAACUGAAGAUAAAAAAACGCCUGUCCUGAAUGGGAAGACAAACAGAAACCCCUCUCCAGAGGAAGCCCAACCAAAAAAGAACACUGAGCCUGUGAAGAACGGCAACGGCACUUUAGAAGAGGUCAUCAACCUAGGGGUCGGGACGGGGACCAAGCCAUCCAAUCUAGGUCUGAGUGGCGUGGAAGACAACAUGGUUCCUGUCGUGGCCUUCAAAGAACGCAGGUCCCUGCUAACUCUGACCGGCAUGGAGAAGAUCCAGUCCCAUCAGAGGGCAGGUGAGAGCUCAUCACAUCCUCCGUCAGCUCAUCUAUACUCUCUAUGCUAUGUAGAUAUUACACUAGAGUCGUGAACACUAGAGCCCCCCCAAAAGUCCAAGAUUUCUACCGCCAAGCAGUUAUGGGCUCUCAAUAUUUUAUGUGUGAUUCGAACCCGGAAGCAGAUUACAUAUUUAAGGUCUCUCAAUCAUUUCUUUGUAUGGGUCUCUAAGUCUAAGAUAUAUAUGUGAAUCAAGUGAUUUUAUGUUAUUAACCCAUUUCUAUCACACACUCCUUAGAAGUUAUCUGAGUAUCGUACAGAUCAGAGAGGGGAGACAGCACAUCCACGAAUCUUUCCACAGCAGUGGCGUUUUUUCCUUUUUUUUGACAAAGAAAGGAAUAACUGCAGCCUUUUUCCUGCCCUGCACUUUUAGAGAGAGUAUGUGAUGAGAAACACACAUUUCUCUGGAGGACUUUCUGAUCUCGAAGGAGCUUACCACCAAUUCGGUCACACUUCUCUUUAAUCCAAAAUGUCACGAGCUGCAUUUGUCAUCACCAUGUACAACACUAGACAGGGGAGCUUGUUUGUCAUUGCAACAACUCUGAACAAUGUUUUAUCUAGUCUGUAAAUGAGGGUCCAUGCCUCAUAGCUGCAGAUUUAAACUGAUUAAAUGAGUAGUUUGAUAUGAUGGGCGUUAAGAUACACAAUUUACUAAUACAAAUAUGUAUUCUGUCUAUACAUUUUUAACUGUAUUGGCACUGAAUGUCUCCCAAUCAUGUCUGAUGUUUUUAGCCAUGUGCUUUAGCUUUUCCUAACUAUGCUGCUAUUUGAGCACUUUGCCUUCCAGUUAACAGGAUAGUGGUGUGCUAGUUUCAGAGCAAAAGCUUUUGUUUUGAGUUCAAAUAAAGGCCACUUUCUGACUAUAAUCUAAUCAUAUUUUUCAAAGCUGCUAUGCAACUUGUGUGGUUUGCCAUUUUAGAGAACUAUACUCACUUGAGGGUGGACCACUUCCAAAAGUAUUUUGGCAGUUCCUUACUUGGAAAUUGUGCAAUCAUUUUAGAAAACAAAUAAGAGUCUUAAGUGUAAAAUGUAAGUUUGUCUUUUAAAGUGUAAAAAACAAAUAAAGCAAUGCACUGAUAAAACUA